AAUUAGCUUAUGUGUUUUUUCAUGUUUUUCAAUAACAAAAGUAACAAUAAUAAUAAUAAUAAUAAUAAUAAUAAUAAUAAUAAUAAUAAUAAUAAUAAUAAUAAUAAUCAACAAUAUUCAGGGAAAAUAGCCAACAUCUUUUUGGAUGGGGGGUGGUAAAGGACCUGGAUAAUGGAUAGGGGGGCGCUGGCCCAAAAAAGGUUGAGAACCACUGAGCUAGAGAAAAGCAGACGUCACCUACCCACACACGUCCUGAGGGAGAAGCGGGGGAGAGAGCGACUGAAAGGAGCAGUCAAGCUAUAUCCAGAUAGCGGCGCUGAAUAGACAACCAGUCUGCAACUCAUCUCUGACCCGAAGCGCUAAGGGAGGCUUUGAAAAGCAGAUGACUCAAAUGCAGGGGCGUCGGCUGAGGAGCCACAGAUGCUGAGCCGGAGGGAAGAGACAAAUGGAAGCAACAGUGAGGAUCCAGAAUUCCAAGUGCCACCAUAUGUGUUACAUCAGAAGGCCCAUUGGAAUAAAUCACUGGCAAGGAAGUGAUGAAGUGGAGCGCUGUGUGCAGCUGAAGAGGAUCGUCUUUGUCGGGAUUGAAAAAGACAACCAGAAGAAGGUUUGUCCCAGAAGAGUUCGAGAUGGAACUGGUGCAGGCCGCACAUGAAGCACUGGGCCUUGCAGGCACCGUGCCUGCACGGAAGGAAUUGGAGAAGCAACAACUUUGGGAUCCUCGAGGCCAGGCUCAUCGUGUCCCAUGACUGUGAAGUAUGUGUUCAAUACAUUGCAGGUUGUAAGGGAAAGAAGAAGGAUGUCUUCACCACAAAGAGCACCAUAACGGUGCUAGAAAGAAGAAGGAAAUCCAAGGGGUUGAGCAGCUCAAGCCAAUUCCAAGCUUGAAGAGAACCAGGACAACACACACAACUUACCACCCUACGUCAGAGGUCUAUGGUGUGGUAGCCUUAAGAACAACCUCAGGACUCUAGGCAGGCAGAGGUCUGAGGAAGCUGAAAUGUGGGAAAGAAGCAUUCAGAAAAGGAAGUGGGUGACUUCAUGCUCACCGAAGAUUAGCAUCGGAGUGUCAAAGACAGCCAGUGAUCUUAAGGAGGGAGUGCCAAAUAAGUUGAGAUCCCACUGCUCUUGCUAUCAGGUCACAAAGAAUAAAGCUGGAGCCUUUCUCCCUUUAGUAACAACAGUGAGUGAGAAAAGGGAAGUGCAACAUAUUUCCUUCUGUAAAACACAGAUCUUAGCAAUGCUAUAAGCACUAUACUGAAUAAUGAUUAAAACAAAGAUGAUUUGGUAUUAAAACAUGAUGUGAUGAUGACUGAAAAUAAGGUAAAUUGAAGAUAAAUAAAUCUUUUGAUUGUAAAAGAAAUAAUAUGGUCAAAGUAUGGAGUUAAGGUUAAACCACUGUGCGAAAGGUCACUGAGUUUGGGUGAAGACAUGACUAUGAGUCAGCAGCAGAGACAGGGAUGGAAAAGGAGAAGUGGAAGGACAAAAGAUGAAGAUAUCCUGAAACCCCCACCCCCUGCUGCAUUUUUUAUUUUUACUUCUGUGUAGGUGUUGUUGUGAAAAACAUCUGAUAAUACCCCACCCCCCUCUAUAUAAAGAAUAGUCAGACAUAUCUCGGCAGAUCUCAAAUGCAUCUGAUUCAGAGCAGAAACAUCACCGCACAGGACUAAAGCUUACAACAAGAGUUGGGGAUUUGAACAGCAAUAGUUUUCUUCAGUGGACUUCAGGAGAUUGAGCCACAGAGGAUAACCACAACCAACCAUCCGAAGAAUUAUUGGACUCUAAAGUUUCGCUCUUUCAACUGUAACAUUGACUGAAGAUUUUUAGAGACAUUUUGAGGGCUUUGGACAAAGCGUCAUCGACAAGAGUCUACGGCUCCGCAGCGAAGGAAGGAUUUCACUGGCCAGGAGAACUCCUUCCUGUCCCUUUCUCUCCAAAAGAAGACAUCUAAAUCACUCCAGCUCAGCUAACCAGGUUUGCAGCAUGGAACAACUCAACUCCACUGUGGUCACUUCUAACACCUCCUCCUUUCCUGCACAUCCACCUCCCGAAUUGUGGAACUCCCGAGGUCUGGUCCCUGCGGUAAUGCUGUCCCUCUGCUUCACGCUAGGAGUUCCUGGAAACAUUGCUGUGAUCAUCCUCAAACCAAACUGGCACCACCUGUCCAGUGUGAGCCAGAGUUUGAUGCUGAAUUUGGCCAUAUCAGACUUGCUCUGCCUGCUCACCCUGCCAGUGUGGAUAUACACUUUUCUGUUCAGCUGGACCCUCGGCCUGGUGGCCUGUAAGCUCCUAGCGUAUCUAGUGUACUGCAGCCUUUAUGGUAGCCUGCUGACUGUGACGGUGCUGAGUGUCCAGCGCUACCUACAGGUGGUGUACCUGCAGACGUACUUACAUCAGGUCAGAAAGAAGAGGCUGCUGGUUCUGCUCUGGCUGGUUGUGAUGAUCCUGUCCAUCCCUACUUUAGUGGUUUCGCUAGUGACCACGGAUCAGGACUGGACAGAAUGCCAAUCUCACUACUAUUCCCACAACCAGGAUGUAGCCAUGCUGCUGAUAGAGUCCCUGGUGGGAUUAGUUUCAUUUUCUGUCAUUGCAUUUUCAUAUAUCCACCUCCACAGAAAAGUGAACCAGGCAGCUUUCUUCAACAACCCACAGAUGACCCGGCUGGUUGCAAGAAUCAUCGUGACCUCCUUUGUCCUAUGGAUGCCACAUCAUAUCAUAAAUGUGCUUGGUGUGGCAGCUUUUUUGCUCAACAACAAGGGCCUGUUGAAGUUUUGUAUAAACAGCUGGAACAUCACUGGAGCACUGGUAUUUGUGAACAGCUGCCUGAAUCCACUCCUUUAUGCUUUUGCUUCUAGAAACCAAAACACUGAACAACCAUAAUGUUAAUGCAGAAGCUCACCGUUCCAGGAAGUCUAACCACUGAAAUAGCAUGAUGAUGAUGAUGAUGAUAAGCCACAAGAUAACAGCAGAGCGUGUAGAACUAUGACGAUGAUAGCACUUAAAGAAAAUCUUUAAGUAAAAUGCAAUACAGAGACCUGCCGCAUCAACAACCGCAUGAAGCACUCGGCAGGUGGUCCGUGUUCCGAGCUGUCAGCGCAAGACUCCGGCAAGAUGAGAGGAGGUGGACUCUGUGUUUUACAUCGAUGGUGCUUGGUGCACAAACGCAGUCACACAGGAUGGACUCUGUUUCCCAAAUGUCACACUGUUUAUUGUGAAGAUGAAACUUUCAUGUUAUCAUCUGGUUGCUGCUGUUUACAUUCACCCCAGAUGCACAUUCAAAAAAUGCA